AACUGUUCACGUGUUCACGUUGAUUCGCACUGUGCUGGUCUUUUUAACAAGAAUUUGAUGAAAAAGUCUACAUAUUGAAUUGAACUGAUCGAUUUCUUUUGCCAAUACGACAGAAACGAUAUUAUAAUUACCAUAGAGCAUAGAAAAUGCAGUCAGCCAAAUGUAUUCUUCAAGCGACACGAUCUUCUAAAGCAUGCUUCUUGAAACUUUUUGAAACUGUGUCAAAGACUGGAAAUUUAGGAAUAUCCAGGUUUCUUUACAAUUACAACAAGUCUUUUGGCAAAUAUGAUGUGGUGCGACCUUGGGCGGUAUCUAAAAAAGCAGAUGUACCCGCGUAUAUACCUCAACCAUCCUACAGUCAAUCCUCGAUACCGGAGGAAGGACCGAUGACAGUCGAGAUAAAGGACACGUAUCAAAUCGAGUGUAUGAGGCACAGUUGCAACCUCGCUAGUCACAUUCUCCAUCAAGUUGAUAGAAUAAUUAAGCCAGGCAUCACGACUGAUUCUCUGGACAAGCAAGUACACGACAUGAUCAUCAGUAAUGGAGCUUAUCCGAGUCCACUUAAUUAUUGUGGCUUCCCAAAGUCUAUAUGCACGAGUGUGAACAAUGUUGCUUGUCACGGCAUUCCAGACAGCAGGCCUUUGCAAGAAGGCGAUAUACUUAAUGUCGACGUAACAGUGUACCUUAAUGGCUAUCAUGGCGAUUGUUCAGCUAUGUUUCAAGUGGGCGAAGUGGAUGAAGAAGGCAAGCGAUUGAUAGCAGUUACAGAAUUGUGCCUAAAAUCCGCCAUUGAAAUAUGCCAGCCGAAUGAAUAUUUCUGCAGUAUUGGUAACGUAAUAGAAGAAAUCGCAAACAAGCACAAUUUUAAUGUAAUACCAGUAUUCGUUGGUCAUGGCAUUGGGACCUAUUUUCACGGUGCUCCAGACAUUUUUCACUGCGCAAAUGAUUAUUCGGGAAAGAUGAAAGCAGGCAUGACGUUUACCAUCGAGCCGGUUUUGAGUCAGGGAAUGACGCAGAUUGAAAUCCUGAAUGAUGGAUGGACGGCUUGCACCGUCGAUAAUUCUAGGACGGCUCAAGUUGAACACACAGUUUUGAUAACGGAUACUGGGUGCGAAAUAUUAACACUCUAGUCUACAAUUAUCAUUAUUAUCACUGUUCACGCACACUAAAACUAAUAUUCUUAUUAAAUGUAUUAUUUUUAGUAUCCAUUUGUUAAUCAAUAUUUUAUUCAAUAUUAAAUUAAACAUACAGAAAUCUUAUUUUUUUCGCCAUCCAUUCUCAAAUAUUUUUAUUCGCAAAUAUUAUUCGACAAUACUCCCUAGCAGAUAAAAAUAGAAAUGAUAUACUGAGUUUAUAUUUAUUAUUACUAAGCAAGACAGAUUGUAUUAUAUAUUGAUGGAAACAUUGACUUAUUCAAAG